AUGCAGCGGCGCAUGCGCGCGGGGCUCCGCAGCCUCUGCCUGUCCGCCGCCGGCCGCAGAGGGCUGCUGUCGGCGGCGGGAGACUAACGAGUCAGCGCGGGCCGGAAAUGCAUAAUUUUGAGGAGGAAUUAACGUGUUCCAUUUGCUAUAGUAUAUUUGAAGACCCACGUGUGCUACCAUGCUCCCACACAUUUUGCAGAAAUUGCCUAGAAAGUGUUCUUCAGUUGUCAAGUAACUUCUCCAUAUGGAGACCACUGAGGCUUCCACUGAAGUGUCCAAGUUGUAGAAGUAUUGUUGAAAUUCCUCCUUCUGGUACUGAAUCGUUACCUAUCAACUUUGCAUUGAAGGCUAUCAUUGAAAAGUAUCAGCAAGAAGACCAUCCAGAUGUUGCUACAUGUAGCGAACAUUAUAGACAGCCAUUAAAUGUUUAUUGUCUUUUAGAUAGAAAAUUAGUGUGUGGCCAUUGUCUUACGAUAGGUAAACAUCAUGGUCAUCCCAUAGAUGACCUUCAGAGUGCCUAUAUGAAAGAAAUAGAGACUCCUGGGAAACUCCUUGAACAAUUAACUGAUAAACAUUGGAGUGAUGUGUGUUUGCUAAUUGAAAAGUUAGAAGAACAAAAAUCUUGGUGUGAAAAUAUAGUUCAAGAUGACAAGAAAGCUGUAGUGCAAUAUUUUAAGAAACUUAACGAGACAUUGGAACAUAAAAAGCAAGCUUUGCUAGCCGCUUUGGAUGAAGUUAAUACUUGUAUUAUUGAAGAAUAUGAACCGCUCAUUGAGAAGAUGAAAGGAAUAAGAGAAGAACAGCUUGAUUUAAUGUCACUGAACACAUCUAUUAAAGAAGAGUCAUCUCCACUUGUUUUUCUUGAGAAGAUUGAUAAUGUGCGCCAACGUGUAAAAGCUUUGAAACAAAAGCAGCUACCAGAUACCAAGCCUUUUGAGAUUUAUCCACGAGUGGGACAGCUGUUGAAGGAUGUAUGGUGCAAAACUGAAAUUGGUCAGAUUAACAAGAUCCUCACUCCAAAAAUAAAACUUGCUUCGAAAGGAAAGGUAUGCAAGAAAAACAAUGAGAAGGAAAGAGGACAAUCUAAGGAAUUCCUGCAGUCUGUAAACCCUCUGGUAGUGAUGCUAAUAUCUAUAGUAGUAAUAAUUAUGGUUUCAUUUAGCAAACCUUUAUUGUCAGUUGUUGUAAGUGAUGCUACUUCAUUUGGUAUUUCAGAAGUGUUGCAGUUUGUUUAUCAGGAUUUAGAUCAGAUUUUGCAGACAUUAAUGGAAAUACUGUCCCACACAUCUCAUUUACUGACAGAAUUUAUAGGAAGAAUUAUUUCUUUCUGAAUUUCAAAUCUUAGUUUAAUAAUUGGAAUAACUGUAGGAAUAUUCAUUGUAAAUGAACUCUUUCACAAGAUUUUUUCAUUCAGUUUAUAUCUAAAAGCUACUGAAACAUUCAUCCCUUUAAAAAAAAAUGACCCUAGGUUAAUUUGUAAAAAAAUAAGUGCAGUUUAAUCAGGUUGUUUUUUUUUCAGAAGGGAUAUCUAUUACCAACCCCCAUUUAACAAGGGUAUAAAUUCAUGUACUAAAGAAUUAAUAAUGGACACUAAAUCUCUAUUUUGGACAAAGCUGAGAUGAGUAAAUGGAAGUGCCAGUCACUGACCCCAGCAUAAUGAAAUCUUGUAUUAUGUACUUCAUUGCUUUUUACAUACAGGGUUGAUUGGGCCUACUAUUUGUUCAUUAUCACAUGUUAAAUGACUAGGGUUUCAUCUGGGUUAUUAGUGAAUCAUGUUACUUUGUGUUUUCUUUUAUACAUAAAUACAGAGUCAUGGGGACAUCCUUUCAAUUGGAGAUAAAUGUGUUGCUCUAGAACUUUUUGGAUGAUACGUUUUGAAGAUACUUGGCAAGAGUAUAGUCCUGAAAGGUGUUGAAUGUGUGUGACAUUAUAUUGUUCUAUUCAGCAAAUAUUUGCUGCCUUAUGAGGUUGGGCCACUUACUUUUUGCUAAAUGUUGAGUGGACCCACAAUAGCCAUUGGGAAACCUCCAUUCAAAUGAAUGGGGGCAGAAUUUCAAUUCUAGAAAGAACAACAUGAAAUAAAAAUACAGUGUAAAUAGUUUCUUAAAUUACAAGAAUAAUUGAGAUCUAGUUCAGUCUGAAAUAAGUGUUUAUGUUCCUACUAUAUAAUCAGAUUAAUUUAAACCAUGGCUUAUUCCAUUAGUUAAGAUGCUAGGAACUCCAUAUUCACACUUAAUAAAGUCAGUAGCAAAACUCCCUGUAGAAACAGGAUUUUGCCCUUAGUUGUUUUUUUUUAAACAGGAAGAGUAAUCCGUUAACAGUGAAAAAAUUCCGUGUAGCACCAGUCCAUAGAUUGUUGUUGUAAGGCUACCUAAACACAUCUGAGUUCCAAGUGAUAAUUGAUGCCUUGUAAAAAUUUCAUAGUUUUUUCAUAAUAUGCCAAUAGGUAGCCUUUAAUGACAAUUGUAACUGAUUUUAUUGUAAAACAAUCACAUGUGGUGUAUUAUGGCAUUGUUUCCAAACUAUUGCGUAUUUUAAAAUAAUGUAAACACAAUUAUUAAACUCUGAGAAACUACUGUUUUCCUCAUGACAUUUUAAAAGCUCACUGUGAACAGGCAGAAGGCUUCUUUUUCCUCCUUCCUCCUCUCCCCUGCAUCUCUGCCAAAUGAAAGCUUGUUUUUGCAAGAUGCCAAGAGCCUUGAACUUGUAUUGACUCCAGUGACAGUUUGAGGGCAGUCAGAUCAAGCUCUGAAUUUAAGAUAUUAACGAAUUAAGUAAUUUAAGACUUAAAAUUUUGGGGCCAGUAAUCAUCACGACCAAGCAAGAUUGGAUUAUUUUCAGUAAUUAAUGCACUGAAAACAAGACACUGUAAUAGGAUAACUUAAAGUGACAGCUCUUGUAUAUGCCAUAUAACCAAGGGUCUUUAUCCCAAAUAAUUAAUUUUAGCACUUAGUAUAAAAAAAUCACUCUGGCAUAGGUCAGCCCAAAAUGUAAGAUUUAAAAAAUAAAUUUCCCAGUGUUGACUUGUUUUUUUUAAAGAAAUACUAUUAGUAGGUCUUUAUUCAGAGCUGAUGAUUCCCUGUUAGACUUUGUAACCUGAACAAAACAACAGUCUGUUAGGAGAGAAUUAAUUAUUUUCAUUGACAAGGCUGAAUCAAAUGGAAGGAGUAAGUAAGUAGCCAGCAUAAAAGGAGUCCAGACCAGUUAUAUGUAGAUCUGUGGUUCUAAUAGGUUACAUUUAAAUUAAGGAUAGCACCAGGUAGAUGCUUUGUGGGCAAGUUGGUAUGGUUUUCUUUAGACCACUGCCUAUUAAGCACACAGUUUGUAUUCAAAGUAGAAAAGUUCCUAUAAUCUCUCUAUAUGUUAGAGUUUAUAUAGGUAACUUCCCUUGACAUUAACCACCAGAUUUUUUAAAGAGAUAUUUAAGCUCUUACUGGAAUUUUCAGAAACUUCUGAGUGCUUAAUUUUCAUUAAAACCAAUGGGAGUUAGGCAGGUAUGACCUUUUCUUUUGAAAAUCUUACCGUGCUGCUAUCUGCAUUAUUAAAUACCUAAAUACUUUUAAAAUUUGAUACUUAAGUGCAUGUCUGUUGGAGUCUUUUUAGGAUGUCAUUCCUCUUAGAAUGUCUUAUGUUAGUUUUCUGGCUUUUAAAAAGAUCUUUUAUAAAAAUUUAUAAUGUAGUUUUAUAUUACAAAUAUCCUGAAUUUGUACUAUUUCACGUACUUGGUAUUUUAAUAAAUCUGUAUCUAAAUAAAAAUACAUUCUUAUGGGAGAG